AUCAUAAACCCUAGCCCCCCUUUCUCUCCUUGUUCCCUCGCUUCGUGUCAAAACGAGAAUUUCGUUUCACCCGCCGAUCUUCUUCUUCUUCAUCUUUUCUGUGGCUACCUACUUGUAAAAGUUGCAGUCUUGAAACAGAUCUCGUUCUUCUCAAACGGGUUCUUUGCCUUUUUUCUUCGAUCUCUUGAUAUCUCGUUGAUUUUUGUUAUUUAUUUUCUUCUGCAUCUUGUUAAUAGUUUGAUCUGUGACUGAAUCGGGUGAAGUUUGUUUCCGUUACUGUAAUCGUUGUUUAAUCCCUUUUCCCGGGAAAUCAAAGAGAGGUUCUUUAUUUUAUCCAUCUUGUCGGGAUCAGACAGGGUAUCUGACCGAAUCCUAAACAUGCUGGGGUAGUUUAUAUAGGUUAGUGCUCAGAUCGGGUGUGGCGUUUCGACAGAGACAAAUACCAAGCGAACACGGAGCGAUUCAGUCCAGUAGUGGCGUCUCCAGUGGCGAGUGUCGAGUGGUCUGGUCACCGCGUAAAAGCAAAGGCUCGAUGCCGUCUGUGGGGAUGAGACGAACGACGAGGGUUUUCGGGGUGGUCAAGGCUGCAGACGGAGCCCGUGUCCUUCGGUCCGGUCGCCGUCUCUGGCCCAAUUCCGGCGAGCCAAAGGUCAAGCGAGCUCAUGAUGUCGACGAGCAAGUUUGGGAUUCUCUCCUGAAAGACCAUGGCAAGAGCAAAGGGAACAAAACCUCCGGAAGCAGCAGGACCGGGAACAAGCCCUGUAGUCCGAAGGUGAAUUCCGGUGAAAAAGCCGAGAAAGAAGAUGACUUUCGGGUUAAAAGACAGAGAAAAACGAAAACUGUGGAUGCCCACGAUGAAAAACCUGUGGAUAAGAUGUUCGGGAUUGUUUAUAGUAGAAAAAGGAAGAGACUGUGUCCCAAAACAAGUGGUUCUCCGGACAAAUCAGAUGAGACAUUGCGCAGGCUGAAGUUUUAUUGCAGGCGAAGAAGAGUCUCGGAGCGGGUUUCGGGUAGUCGGGCCCUGCUUACACUUGUGGUUGAUUGGUCAUAUCGUGAUUGCUGGUUUUCAAGUGUUUUCGGGUUGGUGAUAAGGUACUUGAGGAGUGAGAAACUGAGGUUGUCUGCUCUGAUUGCUUUUUUCAUGUCUCAGCCAAUCAAUAACGUCUAUGCGGAUCACGGCAUCAAAUUCUUGCUGGAUCCUCCCGAUAGCCCCAACGGGAUUUGCAAGUUUUUCGGGGCCGUGGAUUCUCUGCCCCUUUUUUCGGUUGAUUUUGCUGCUGUUCCUCCAUGUUUCAUGGAUAUGAAUAUCACCCUGGUUCUCAGAAUGAUCCGUCCUUCCUUUAUUUUCGUAAAGAAAUACUUAUUUUUACUUGAAAAUGGUGAAAACCAGCCAGUGGAAGAAUCAGAUACAGAUGUUGAAGAAGUUAUAACUCGAGCAUGUAAUUCAAGGGAUGAGAGUGUAUUAGGUUUACACCCAUCAACGAGAGCCUCCAAGUUAAGUGGAGGGAAUGCUCAAUAUAGGGGAGGCCUAGGAUCUCAUAGUUUCCAGAAGAGAAGAAGCUCCUUCAGGAGGAGAAGAGCGAGAAAUCUUUCACAUGGUCCACACAAGUCAUACAACGGGGUCUCGUUUUCGGAUUUAACAGGAAGUAGGAAAAACGGGACAACCUUUUCGUCUACUGUGUCUCCAAGGAAACUUAGAAGCUCGAUGAUGAACAAGUCAGCUCUACAAUCAAGUGAGGUUAGUUCUCCAAAGGCUAGAACGAAACAGGAAUUGGAUUCUCUAUGUUGUUCCGCAAAUAUUCUUGUCAUCGAUCCAGACAGAUGCAUGAGGGAAGGAGGAUUUGAAGUCAUGUUGGAGUUAUCGCCAUCGAAGGAGUGGCAUGUUGUUAUUAAGAAAGACGGGACGAUUAGAUACACCCAAAAGGCACAAAAGAUGAUGAGACCUUGUUCAUCCAGCCGCUUUACACAUUCUAUAAUAUGGGCUGGGGAUGAUAAUUGGAAGCUUGAGUUUUGCGAUCGGCAAGAUUGGCUUGCUUUCAAAGAUAUUUAUAAAGAGUGCUAUGAACGGAACGUUUUGGAACCUAAUAUGAAAGUCAUUCCUAUUCCUGGGGUGCGAGAGGUUCCUGGGUUUCUGGCGGAUACCGAAAAUCACUGCUCCUUUUCUAGGCCAGUUUCAUAUAUAUCGGUGAAAGAAGAUGAGGUAUCAAGGGCCUUGGCUAGGAGUAGUGCUACCUAUGACUUUGAUUCUGAAGAUGAAGAGUGGCUAAAGAAUCAUAACGGGCAACUGCUCGUUGGAGAUAAGGACUCUCAACAACUUCAGCUGGAUACUUUUGAAAUGAUGAUUGAUGGAUUUGAGAAGGCGUGUUUCCGCAUCCCGUGCGAUGAUCUCUUGGAUGAGAAGGCAACAACUGCUGGUCUUUCUCACCUGGGUAAGCAAGAAGUGUUAGAAGCGGUAUACAGUUACUGGGCAAGAAAAAGGAAGCAAAGAAAAGCACCACUCCUUAGGGUUUUCCAGGGUCAACAAGUGAAGAAAACUCCCCUGCUUUCAAAACCUGUCUUUCGCAAGAGAAGAUCCUUCAAAAGGCAAGGAAGCCAACUCCAUGCAAAAGCCAAACAACUAAAUCCUUUGCAAGUGAAGGUACCCGAACAAGACAAUUCAGAGGAAGAGAAUGCACUUGCCAGAGAGGAGGAAGCGAAAGCUUUAGCAGAGACGACCAUGGAGAUUGCCAUCACCAAGCGGCAAAGAGCACAAGCUCACGCUGAAAACGCAGACUUGGCCGUGUACAAAGCCAUGAUGGCUCUCAGGAUAGCAGAAGCCAUCCGGGUGGCGGAAUCAAGUGAAGUGGCCGCUACCCUCUUCUUGAACUGAGAUCCUGAAAGUGAAAUAACCGGCCGAGAUGCUGCUUGUGGAUGUUUAGGAUCGGUCUCUGUUGAAGCUUGAAUCUUUUUUUUUGUAUAGGACGGGAUUGUACAUCGGUUUAGAUCUUAGCUUAGCUUUUGUUUUCGUGUUCAUAUAUUAACCUCACCUCAUCUGAUGUACCCAUGAGAUACUCUUUUUCUCGUUUUUUUUAUGGGACGAUGAAGAAUGGGCAAAAAAUAUCUGAUGGGAUACCAAAAA